GUUGUAAAAAAUAAUUAAAAAAAAGAGGUCAUUGACCGCUGACUUAUUGUUGUAACUUGACUCCCAGUCUUUUUCGUCAACAACUUAUAGUUCACCAAGGAGAGAGAGUUUAAACAUUUUCUUGGAUCUAGUUUAUGAAGUCUGAUCCACAUUGAUCUCUGUAUCUACCUAAACAUGGCUUCUUCUUCUUCUUCUUCUCUUUCCUCAGCAAUCUCAAUUCAAGAAAAGUACGAUGUGUUUUUGAGUUUCAGAGGUGAAGACACCCGCAAUCAAUUUGCUAGCUAUCUUUAUGCUGCUUUAUCUGCAAAGCAUAUCUCAACUUUCAUGGAUGAUCAUCAACUUGAGAGAGGGGAUCAAAUUUCACCAACGCUUAGGAAAGCAAUCCAUGAAUCCAAGAUUUGGGUAAUCAUUUUCUCGGAAAACUUUGCUUCAUCCACAUGGUGUUUGGAUGAGCUUGCGGAGAUACUUGAAUGCAAGAAAAGAAAUGAGCAGGGUACUGUUAUGCCCAUCUUCUAUGGUAUAGAUCCAUCGGCUGUACGGAAACAGGAGGGUAGCUAUGGAGUUACAUUUCAAGAAUUGGAAAAACGUUUUGAGGAUAGAAUGGAGAAGGUGAAACUAUGGAGGGCUGCUUUAACAGAAGCAUCCAAUCUAUGUGGCUUGGAUUCAAAGGAUUUAAUGGUUUUCUAUAUAUAUGUCCUAAUUACUAAUUAA